CACGUCUCUCAGUCAGGUGCCAGCAGUUGAAGUGGUGGUACUAGUGGUUAGUACGACGGACACUCAUUGACCACGGCAGCUAAUGGUCAAUUCUUUCGUUUUGAUUAAAAUUAUAAAGACUAUUUAAUUGCGGUGGUUUAGAAAGUGAAAAUGAAGUGUUCGGACAUACUUUUGUUUGUUACAAUAUUAGGCGGGACUUGGCAGAUAGGUCGACCGACCUGUGUUUUGGAAUCAGAUUUUGGAUUUACCCUCAACUGUGGUUUUAAGAAAUCUGGGCUGUUUCGAGUUAGAAAUCUUGGUGGCGUGAAAGCUCACAUAGGCCUGGGGUUUAGUGUGGGAGAUGAGCUGGGAUUCAAAGAAUCCUUGACAAACUCUGAAUCCAACAAGAGAAGAUCAGCAUCAGUAUCCAAACUCACUGCCCAGUUAAUCCAAGCACAACAAGCACAACAAGAAGCAAAGAAAAGGAACAUGAUGGCGCAAUCUGGAAAUAUUGCUCCAGCAGACUCAAGAAUAGGAGUAGGAUCUGUGGAAGUAGUAACUCCGUUGGCGAUGGGUGAGGUAUCAAAAUCGAAGAAAUCAUCUAUAGUAGUGCCACCUUUUAGACCCAUUCCACCUGCUGAUGAAAGGUUUUCCGGUCAGAAGGAAGCCCCAACAGCUGUUCAAGGUACUUACGGCAACCCUUCUGACACGGAGAUAAUGGCUGUCAUAGCUGUACCGAAAAAGAACAUUCAGAUGCAUGCCCAAAAGAAAAACAGUAACGACAACUUCGCAGUACGAAUACUUCCUACAUCUGCUACAUCACAUAAUGAGAUUAUACCUCAAAUGAACUCCAUAGCGUCACCAACGAAUCAGAUGUUUGCUCACAACGAUACCUUCUUCGAUGAGAAUGACGAUAUGGAUAUACAGCAACCAGUGCAGCUACCGGUGAAACCAAAACCUUCUCCAACCACUCCCAGAUAUGUAAAUAAGUAUGCUAAUAGCGUCGGGAAGGUUAUGAAUGCUCCCAAGGAGUAUUAUCCUGUAGGAUAUGAUAAGAAUUUUGAUGACAACUUUGCCUCCAGAGUAGAGUUACCAGAAACUUCGUUUUACUGUGGUGACCAGAAACAUUUUCCGGGGCUCUACGCUGAUGAAGACCUGGGAUGUAUGGUGUUCCAUGUUUGUGCUCUAACCGAUGACGGGUUAAUCAUGAAGAGUUUUCUAUGUCCAGAGUCAACUUUGUUUGACCAAACAAUCCUCAAGUGUAAUUGGUGGUUUUAUGUGGAUUGCAAGAAUUCCAAGAAACUGUAUGAUUCCAAUAUUCCCAUAUCAAAAAGCUAUCAGUUGAUGAAAGCACUAACAUUCUUUUCAGCUUAUAAGAACGAUAACAAAAACAAAACCAAUGAUAAAGACUGAUAAUUUGUAGAUUUUAGAUUUUUAAUAAUUUGUACAAGGAGUUAUAUUAUAGUCCAGGAAACGAAGGUUUUCACCUCGCAAUUUUUUCGGAAUAGAUUUGCUUGAAAAUGUGAGACUAAGUAGUGGUUAGUCCAAGGAUUAAAAUCUACAUGAUGCCGAAAGGCGCUUUUACUAUGCGGGUGGAAAUUUUUUAUUAUAUUUUGACCGUAAAAAUUGACAAAAAAAUAAUUUUAAGCAAAAAAUUUUCUAUACACUUUUCUGAUGAAAUAAUAGUAUUCGAAUUAUUCGCUAUUAUCAAAAAUGUACCUUGGUACAAAACAAAAUGGUUUUGUAUUUUAUUAUAAUUAGGGGUAGUUUUACCCAUUAAAAGUUAAUUUUUAAAGUGUUGAAAUAGUCAAUAAUUAUAGUUAGAAUAUAAGACAAUCAUUAUUUAAUUAAUCUGAACAAAUUUCACUCUUUUUAAGCUUUUUUAUAGAUUUUGGUAAUAAGGGGUAGUUUUCACCCUUAAAAAAUAAAAUGCGCCUGUCGGCACAAUAUAUAUUUUGAAGUAAAGGGUAAGGAGAACUUAAUCUCAAACUUUUAUACAAAUAGGUAUAUUCCAAAAAAAUUACGAGGUUUUGUGUUAAUUUAAAUUUCGUUUCUUGGACUUUUAGACACAUAGAUAUUUUUUGUAAAUUAUCAUUUAAUCUAAUCUAUCCCUGUGACUCUUUGUGGAACUAGAAAUUUAACUUUUUCAUUUAACUGUGUUUGUUUUGUCAUUUGUCAUUGAUUCGUAAGCAAGAAGUCCACAAAGAUGUUUAAAAAAUUCUCCUUGUAAUCAGCUCAAUUUUCACAAUCUAAGUCUUUGUUGUAAUUAAAUUAAUGAAAUAUUUUUUAAUUUAAAUAGGUGACUUGUAGUUUUAUUUGUACUUGUAUAAUAUUUAUUUUUAUUUUUUAUUAUUUUUCUAUUUAUAUAUAUUUAUAAUGAAGAACCAAAUUGGUAUCUAUUAAGUAUGUAAGUAGAAUAGACACUUUUUUUUAUUUGUAAUUAACGUGUCUCGACGGCUUCUAAUAGACAAUUUAAUUAAUAACAUGUUUCUAAAGUUUACCCUUUGUGGGGUUUCAGUAUAAACAGCUAUUUUGUUGGUAUCUGGUGUGCCCAUAAUAAGCUGCCAUUGCCUGAAUUUUAAUCCCUAACGAAUAUAGAUUGACGCAUAAUAUACAUAGAUAAAAUUAUAUAUUAUAACAAAAUUAGCGGAUAUCAAAAACUACCCAAAUCGUAAAAAUAGUCUUCAAGAGCGCCCUAUGUUGCAUCCAAGAAAUUAAUACAAAACCUUGAUUGCCACUUUUGAGCUAUACAGGGUGUUCCCGAAAAUAGUGCGUUUCAUUAAGGUAUGGAUAUAAUACACAAUGUAGAACAAAAAAGUCCUAUAACAUUUUUUUCUAAAAUUAACCGUUACAAAAAAAAAUACAUUAUUCUCCAUACAAGCGAACUUUUAUUUUCAUAAAAUUAACUAAUCUGACAUCACUGUACAAGAACUGUUUGUGACUUAGGUUACUGACACCACAAAUGUAGCUCAGAUAGGUAGACACCUGCAAAAUAAAUACACCACCCUAUAUGUGAAAAUGAAACAAAACAAGAAUUUGUUUGUUUGUUGAGAAGGAAGAUAGGGUUUAAUGUAAAUACUAAAGGCCCAUGGGGCAACUAUUUUUGAACUGUGACUUUCGAAUUGUGACUUUUGGAUUGUGACUGUGUCUAUCUUUAGAUUUUGUAUACAUAGUUAUCAGAUUUAAAUUUGCAUACUAAAAUGUAUUUUCGUUUCUUUUUGGCCAAACGUUUAGAAAAAAAUGUUAUAAGACUUUUUUGCUCUACAUGGUGCCUUCUACCUAUAAGGAAUAUAUAUAAUAAUAUAUACUUUAUACUUAUACCUUUAAGGAACGCACUAUUUUCGAGAACACCCUGUAUACGCUGGCCUUUGCUUAUCUGAUACCUAAUACGAGUUUUGUAGUUUGGAAAACAACAUACUCAUUUAUUUUUGCACCAAUUAAUCAACCAAAUGGCGGAAUUGAGAGCAAGUUAAAAAAAAUUAGAGGAACGGUAGCCGAAUCAUAUUUGGAUAAAGGUUCAAACAUUUUUACAGCUUCAAACAUUUUUAUGCAUGUAUGCUAGCAAAGAGAAAAUGAAAUAAAGUUAAGAAAGUGGGGUUGGAUCGCUCACACGCUCUGAAAGAUAAUUCCAGUAUUGAAAAGACUGUCCUAGAGUGGAAUCCCCAAGAAAAAAGAAAAAGAGGUCGCCCGGCACAAACUUGGAGAAGAUCCAUCAUGGACGAGAUAAGAGGUCAAGGAAAGUCUUGCAAUGAGGUGAAGGACUUAGCGCAAAAUAGAACGCGAUGGCGCGUUUUCGCUGAAGCUUUAUGUUCCACUUAGGAAUUGUUCAAGAAACAUUAUAUUAUAUAGUCCAGGGCGCAUCUGUUUUGAGAUGGACGUUGAGAGGUGACUCAAAUUUUUUUGCAGAAAUUGCUUGAAAAUAAAUCAAAUAAUAAUAUUUGAGUUAUCCUCCCUCUCAAAAAGGUCCGGAACAUUGUUUAAAUAAUCAAAAUGUCAAAAAAUGAAGGAAAAAUUCGAUUUUUUUUCGUUUUUUGAUUAUAACUGUAAAAGUAUUCAUUUCCGAGAAAAGUUUUACUGACAUAAAAGUUGCGUAAUUUAAUUUCCUACAAUAUAGAAUUGGUAAAAAAUUUUAAAAAUAGUCACCCUUGCUGCAAAAUAGCAAUAAUUGCGAAAAAACAAUACAAAAACAAGUAUUCGCAUUUUACGUUUUUCAACCAUUUAUGCUAUACUUAGGACCUUCAUAUUUCACCCAGAAAAACUUUAUGAUACGAUGAAACAAUGCUGUUUUUAUUAAGAUGGGUUCAACAGAUUUUUGCAAAAUAAAUUUUGCAAUCCAGCUUUCGCAAAAACAAUUCAUUUUUUCAAAAUGUUACAGGACUGCAAAUAAAGCAGAUAGCAAGUUGAAUUUUUUUUGCUUAUAGAAGUGUACUGUACCUUUCAUUUGCAAUUUGAAAAAUUAAAAUCGAUUAAUUACCACGGCGUCAGGAAAUUUUUUAAAUAAACAUUAAUUUUAUGUCCUACGCGCAGGACAGCGGUGUUCGAUUCACACAAGUUGAUUUCCACCAAAAUUUCUUCUAACCUUUAUCUGAUAUAUUAUUUUCUUACUCUAUAUUUUGUUGUAUUUUAAUAUUUUAAUUCCACAAAAAUCAAACUAAUUUUAAUAUUGUUUGUGAAAUAUUGUUUAAACAAUUGCAUAUGUUUAAAAAUAAUAAAAUUUUAUUCUCUGAGUGAAAGUAUAUAAACAAUAAAGUUUUUGCUUAUAAAAGUGUUAUUUCAAAGGAUAGAUAGAUGUGUUUUUAUUUUGCAAUAAACAAAUUUAUUUAUUUAUACCGAAAUGUAAUAAAAAUUAAAAUGUAUCAAUCAUUAUCAAAGGUCUUUGGAAUGCCCAAUAAGAGCAAACUAUCCGCUAUCCUGCGCGUAGCACCAAUAAUGAAUGUUUAUUUAAAAAAUUCCUGACGCCGUGGUAGUUAAUCGAUUUUAAUUUUGCGAAAUUUCAAAUGAAAGGUACAGUACACUUCUAUAAGCAAAAAAAAUUUCAACUUGUUAUCUGCUUUAUUUUCAGUCCUGUAACAUUUUGAAAAAAUGAAGUCACCUCUCAACGUCCAAAUGUGCUAAUAUUUUUACAGAUGAGCCCUGGUCUAAUAUGCUAGCAAAGAUCGACAAGGCGGUGAGCUGACACGGCAGUCCGCGUCUGGGUCUUAAUGAAAUUUUAAGCAAUCAAGCAAGCAAUAGAAUUAAACUCAGCCUAUGUGUGAGACAUGCACAUCAUCAAUCAUAAUUAAGCCGCCCUGAUUUGUCCAUUGUUGAACAUAGGCCUCCUCCAGAUAUUUUCAUCUUCUUCUGUUCUGCGCCUCUGCUAUACAAUUGGUCACAAUUCUUUUGAGGUCGUCGGUCCAUUGCGUUGUGGGUCUUCCUCGGCUUCGCUUGUCUGCCCGUGGUCUCCAUUCAAGCAAUUUUUUGUCCAUCUGUCGUCUUCAAUCGAAUGUCCAAUGAGACACCUUUUUCAGCUGAUGCUUUUGUGAGAGUUAAGGUUUCUGCUCCGUAUGAGGACUAGUAGGACGCACUGGUUAAAAGCUUUCCUUUAUAAAUGGAUUGGUAUGUUUGUUUUAAACACGUCUGUCAUGUUUUCGAAUGCAGCCUAACCUAAACUUAUUCUUCUGAGUAGCUCACAUGUUUAAAGAAACGAAAGACAACGAAGAACAAACAAAUUGGACCUGGAAAAACUGAAGAUUCAGGAAUGUAAAGAGAAGUUCGAAGAAGAAGUCGCAAAUGAGUUAAGGACGCUAGAACUACACUCCAUAAAGGGCAAAUGGAGUAAUAUCAAAACAGAAGUACUGACAGCAGCAGCGUUCACCCUGGGAAACAAGAAAAAUGAGAGAAGAGGAGCAUGGUUUGAUGGCGAGAGUAGACAAGCGAUAUAGGAAAGAAAUGAAGGACACAAGACGGUACAUAACAAGAAGCACACGGGAAAGGCGAACAUAAUUUGAAGUCGCAAGACGAAAAGCAGACAAGAUAGGUAGAAAUAAAAAGAGAGCCUAUGAAAAUGGACAAAUAGAAAAAAUGGAAGAGAAUUUCAAAAAACAACGAAAUUAGAGUGGCUUACGAAUACCUAAAAAAGAUAAUAAAAAGUGGGUAUAAACCACAAAUAAGUCUAUAUAAAGAUGAAAGUGGGCAAAUAAUCAGUGACCAAGAGAAAGUCGCAGAAACCUGGAAGCAUAAUUUUCAGACCCUACUUGGGACACAAUUAGACAUGGACGGUGAAAUGGAUACGAAUUACAUAGAAGAGAAUGAAGUAGAGAAUGGAGUAGAAGCUAUUAAGACCCAGAAAAACAAUGAAGCCCCGGGAGUUGACGAAAUACCAGCAGAAUUGUAUAAAGUAGGUGGCGACCACCUAGCAAGUCACAUUCACGCGCUCAUCAAAGACAUAUGGCAAGAAGAGAAAAUACCCGACGACUGGAAGAAAAGUAUAGUAUGCAGUAUGCCCGAUUUAUAAAAAAGGAGACAAACUCCAGUGCAAAAACUACCUUGGAAUUUCUCUACUAUGUAGGGGAGAUAUGCCUGAGACGGCAUACUUUUUUUUUAAAUGUUUUGUAAUCGAUAAUCGAUAGAGUUUGACAUGUAAUAAAAAUCAAAGUCAGUGCUAGGAACAUUUACAUAAAUAUAACAUUAUUUUUUAACAAUGUACAUAUUAUAGUUUUUUUCUGAAAAAAUAAAUUUAAAAGUAUUACAUGUGCCAUCUCACCCACAUACAUGUGGGUAAGAUGGCAUACCCUUGAAAUAAAGGCACUAAUCUCGACAUAAGUCACAAAUAUUUUUUUUUGUAGUCUUGGGUACACCGGCACAUUCGGAAUAUGACCACUGGCCACAAAUUUGGUAUCUUAGUCAGGUUUCUCGAGAACGAGAUAAUGAAAAGGGGCCAUUACAAAAAAUGCAAGCAGCAUAUUCCUCGUCACUUGUCUCAACAUCGACGGAAUCGAUUUUGUGGGUUCGAAUUCCUCUUAAAACGACCCAUAACUGUAACGAUAAACUUCAGUCAUAUAACAAAAUUAAUGCAGUGUAAAAAUGCAUAAGAGUGAGAUGGCAUACCUAUGCCAUGCCAUCUAAUCCACCUGCUUACUAUGCCAUCUCAGGCAACAUUGCAAUCUUACCGUUUUUUUAACCUGAUUUUUCUUAAGCACAUUUUAAAGAUAUAAAUCGAUACAGGCGUGAAUGCAUAAGGUAAAAGAACAUCACAAAAUUUAAAAACUUAACUCAGGUGUAAAGACUCGCGAAUUAUAAUGUGAUAGAGAAAAAGUCAAUAAAUAUUUUGUCCUACUUAAUUAACAUUCCAAAGGCUACUGUUGUCAAAAUAAAACUAACAUGCAUAAGUUCAACAAUGUUGACAAAUUUUAACUUGAGUGGAGGAACUGAAAACUGUCACACUAGGCACCAAAUUUGGAAUAGUUUACGAAAAACACUGGAUCAAAUAUUUACAGUCAAACAGAUCUUGAGCAAAUCAUGGGAACACGACAUUGAUGUCCACAACGUGUUUGUAGACUUCAAACAGGCAUACGACUCAGUCAAAAGGAACAAACUCUACAAUAUAUUGGCUGAAUUGGCAAUACCACACAAGCUAAUUAGACUCAUUAAAGCCACAAUGAAUGGAACUGAGGCAUGUGUACGAAUACAAAACCACCGGACAGUUUUUUCAAAAUUUUGCAGGUACUAAAGCUGGGAGAUGGGCUGGCCCUAACUUUGUUUAAUCUGACACUGGAGUAUGCGGUUAGGCAAAUGCAAACUGGACGAGGAAACCUACUGACCAACCGAACGGUUUAACUGGCCGCUUAUGCCGAUGGUAUUAAUAUUAUAAGUAGAACAUCAAUAGGAGCACAGGAAACAUACUCAGAGUUAAAAGCACAAACAAAAAUGCUAGUUCUGGAAAUUAACACAGAAAAAACAAAAAUAAUGACUCAGACGAGAAGAAAUAUAGUCCCACAAAACAUUAUACAUGGAGAUGACAUUGAAACGGUUGGAAAGUUUACAUACCUGGCAGUAGAAAUAUAUGCCGACGGAUCAGAAAAUGAAGAAAUACGGAAAAGAGUAACGCAGGCAAACAGAGCUUACUUUUCCUUCUCCCAUAUAUUUUGGUCUAAAAGUGUCCAUCAAAAUACAAAGAUGAGAAUAUAUAAAACUUUAAUUCGACCAAUAACAUGCUAUAUCAGUGAAGAUGGGUCCUGAAAGAAACUUCCAAAAACAAACUCGACACAUUCGAAAGGAAAGUACUGAGGAGAAUACUAAGACCUGUGAGGGAAAACGGAAUCUUCAGAAGUCGAUACAACAACGAACUUUAUCAACUUUAUAGGGAAGCAGCCCUGUCAGACUUCAUUAGAGUACAAAUAUUGCAAUGGGCCGGACAUGUGAUAAGAAUGGGAGAGGAUAGGCUACCAAAAAGAGCACUGAAUGCCAGAAUGCAGGGAAAGAGACCGGUUGGAAAGCCAAGAAAGCGCUGGGAAGACACAGUAAA